AUGUGUAGUGUUCACUGUUCACGGCAGUUGCGGAUUGAGCAUCCACAAGUCUCCCUUCAGUCGCGAGGAACACACGCCGUCCAGCCGCGAAAUUACAAACUUCUUAGCGAAGGACGACGUAAAGAGGAACCGAUAAACGCGAAGAAAGCGGAGACGAGCGAACAAUCUGUUAACUCACCUAGUCGGUCAACGGUCGGCGGGAAAGGCGGCCGUGUCACACGUGGGGUUGAAACAAAUGCACAGUGA